AUGUCCCAUAACGAUCGAGAAGAAACACCAGAGUUGGUCCCAGAUGACAAUGAUUAUCUCACAGAGCAUGAAGAUGACCUUUCAGAUUCUAUUCUUUCUGAGAUUGACGAGAGCGUUAUAGAGAUUUUAGAGGGAGAGGCCGAAGAUUUGAUCAUCAGUGGGGAUAAAGCGGGGCUGAGAAGGCAUUACCUGAGACUACUUAUUAUGGCAAGGAGACUCAGCAUUGAUUUAGAUGACAGGGCUAACGAUGAAAUUGAGGAACUAAUUCAGGAACAGGCACACUUAUGGCCAGAGGAGCGCGGGAGUGCAAAUGUCUUUGGGGCUUUGCCCGGAACAGAUGUUGACCAGGUAAUGAUUGAUUCGGGAGCAGAGUGUGCCAUCUGUAUCAGCAAUUUACAGCUUGGAGAGAGAGCAAUUAUUCUGCCCUGUGGACAUAUGUUUCAUGAUGUUUGUAUCACACAGUGGGUCACUAGGAAUCCCACUUGCCCACUUUGCCGACAGAAUAUCCCACGCAAUCGACCUUUGAGAAACGGGGAAACUGAUGGGUCAGAUGGUCAGCAACAGGAGAGACAUGUUCACUGGGCUGUUUAG